UACCAGCAAGUACCAUGGUACCAUGGUACCCGCGCAGGUUUUUGGCGCCGCGUUUGUUUGGUCGUAGGAGAGGAGAGGAUAGAAGCUUGGGGAAUUCCCAAGGUAGCAGAGCCCCCAUAGCGAGGAGGAGGAGGAGGUUAGAUCCCCAUGGCGAGUCGAUAUCAACUAGGGCCGGGGGUGUGGCGGGUGGGUUCCGCUGCAUAAUCAUAGCAGGUAGGCCCGUAUUAAUAUGAUGCUUAUGGGGUUCACCAUGGUCACCGCUGCUAGCGCCGCAAACCCAGCCAUCGAGAGACGGCGACAACUUUGUGUCAAGGCUGCCCAGCUCGGGGCCCGUGCGAGAGAGCAAGCGCGAGUAAGGAGCAUCCACCCAGUGUGUGGUUCCAGGCGCGCGGUGGUCCUCCGAAAUGUAAGCACCGAGAUUCCGCCGCUGCUAUACAGCUUUCCUGGCAGCGGCAACACCUGGGUGCGUCUUCUCCUUGAGCAGGCGUCCAGCGCGCCGACGGCGUCGCGGUACCUCGAUCCGUCCAUUGCCGCAGUCAUGCCGCACGAGUGCGACAAUAUCGAGACGCGGUCAUCAUGCGCAGGCUUCGUCGCCAUCAAGGUUCAUCCGACUUUUGCGGGAAGCAUGGCCAUCGACAGCGGCUCAGGUCGCGCCAAUUUUGUUGGGGCAAAUUUGAUGUGCGGCGGUGCCAUCGCCAAGGCUAUAUUUCUCGUGCGGCAUCCGAUGACAGCGUUCUGGUCCGACUACCAGAGGAAGCGGCUCCGCCGCGCGGGGCGGGCCGAACAUAACCACCACAGCGCCAUCACAACGGCAGCCUGGCCCAAGAUUAGGCCCGCCUGGGAGCGCGAAGCGUCUCAAGUAUACGCGGUGGAGUAUCGCGACAUGUGGAGACCAGAAAAGAUGAGCUAUGGCCGCUGGCUCCAGGACCACCCGGGCAGCACCGACACAGAGUUCCUUAAGUUCGAGGAACUUAUCGACAAAGACCGGCGCACCGAUGCGCUCCGACGGACCGUGAGCUUUUCUGGCUUCGAGGUUGACAAUCGCACUCUCGAGUGCGCUUUCCUGCACGCCGACGAACCCGCCAUGCACCGUCCGCGCGGACCGAAUCUCGUUGAUGCCACUGUGGCUUGGAGACUCCAGCUCCUGGAUACUGUUUGGCGCAUCGUUGGUGAGCAUGCAUCAAAACUUGGCUAUGGCAAGGACAACUGGCGCAGGACAGCGCUGCCCCCCAUCGGCAGAGUGGAUCUCACACAGUGGGCACGGCCGCGCUAGGACCGCGCUAGUAGCUAUCAUAGCCUGAAGCUGACAGCCAGAGCUAAGGCUAAGGAUCUUACAUACAUUUAUGCCGAGUACAGCGCCGGGGGCUCCUAAAGUUCUCCUAAAGUCAUAUAUUCAUCCGAGUCCGAGUCCGAGUCAUGAUGCACCGUGAAAGGGUACUACUACUAGUACUAGUAGUAUAUAAACCCUUUUCCUCGGCGAGUACUAGUAACCUGCAGUGAAACUAGAACGAAACCUUCACGAAACCCUAGAACGAUACC